AUGGCAGCUCCACCAAGUCUGGAAGAAGGUCAAUCCACCACUCGUCCUCCUCGAUUUAACGGCCAAUACUAUGGAUGGUGGAAGACCAGGAUGUACGAUUACAGUAUGGCAGAGGACAAUGAGCUAUGUGAUGUAAUACUCGAUGGUCCUUACAUUCCUACCAAGGAUGUGAAGGAAGGAGAUGUCACUAGAGUAAUUCCCAAGUCUAGAAGAGAAUACGACGAAGUUGACAAGAACAGAAUUGAAAAGAACUACAAAGAUAAAAAGUUGUUGGUUUGUGGGAUUGGCACAGAUGAAUACAACAUGAUUUCUGCUUGUGAGAAUGCAAAGGAAAUCUGGGACUGCUUGAAAAUAGCCCAUGAAGGAACAACUCAGGUCAAGGAGUCCGAGUUGGACAUGCUGAUAACUCGAUAUGAGAAAUUUAGCAUAAAGGAGGGUGAAACCAUCCAUGAGAUGCACACCAGGUUUACCUCCAUAACCAAUGAACUAAGGUGUCUUGGUGAGCCGAUUCAUUCAAGCAAGCAGGAUUCUUCGAAGUGGAAAGGAAGAAAGGAGAAAUCUGUAGCCCUGAAGGUAUCUCAAAAUGAUGUCUCUGAAGAUGAAGAUGAAAUGGCUUAUUUGACUAAAAGGUUUCAAAAACAUGGAGGGUUUCAGAAGAAGGGAACCAUCAGCAGAAUGACAAAUGCCAACGACCUCUAUCACAAGUGUGGAAAGCCAAAUCAAGUGGUGAAGAAGGCCUUCGCAGUAUGGGAAAACGCCUCUAGUGACUCUGAAGAGGAAGAACAUCAUGACGAUGUCUUUAUGAUGGCAGUCAAGGAUGAUGAGAAUGUUUUAAACUCCAUAUUCUCAUUGAUGGCCAAAUCUGAUGACGAAGAUGACAAUGAUGAGGUAACAUUUUUUGAUCUCAAGGGUGACAUAGACACAUUGUCAAUUAAAAGAUUGAGAAAACUUGUUGAUGUGUUAAUUGACUCUGUUGAUGAAUUAACAAAUGAAAAUUUGAUUUUAAGUGAAAACCUGAAUCUCUGUGAAGACGAAAAUUCUGCCCUUAUUUCUCAGAUGUUUGAAAUGAACUUUAGGUUGAGUAUUCUGGAGACUGAGAGUCAUCAACUUGAAGAGGAACCUGGUACCUCUAAGAGUCGAAAAAGAAAACUCAGUAGCUUUGAACUUGAGUUAGAGGAAAGUCUUAAAAUUUCUGAGUUCAAACUAGUUGCAGCCCUUGAAAGAAACUCACAGCUAAUCAGAAAUUCAAUAGUGAAGAGAGGAAGUAGUCAAUGCUGGUUCAUGGAGAGUGGUUGCUUAAAGCAUAUGACUGGAGAAACUCAAAACUUCCUCUCUUUGGAAGCACACCAAGGUGGUGAUGUGUCAUUUGGAGACGACAAAAAGGGGUUCAUCCUUGGUAUUGGGAAGAUUGGAAGAUCUGUGGAACAUUCGAUAGAUAAUGUAUUGGGACAUGUAAGUUCAUCUCUAUUAAACAAAUUAGUUGUAGGGGACCUGGUCCAUGGACUACCCAAGCUGAAAUUUUAUGAGAACAAAAUCGGUGAUGCUUGCAUGAGGAGGAAGAAAACAGGAUCCUCUUUUAAGAAAAAGAAAAGGGUCAUCACAACCAGGCCAUUAGAGCUUCUCUACAUGGAUCUUUGUGGACUAGUGAGAAUUCAAAACAGAGAUGUAAAGAAAUACAUUUUGCAAAAUGGUGUUGUUGAGAGGAAAAAUAGGACCUUGGUGGACAUUGCUAGAACCAUGCUCAUUGAUUCAGGUCUUGCAAUAAAUUUCUGGUCAGAAGUAGUAAAUACAACUUGCUAUGUUACAAACAGAUGUCUCAUGAGAUCCGUGCUCAAGAAAACUCCCUAUGAGUUGCUAAAUGGGAGAAAGCCAUCACUCAGUCAUCUAAAGGCCUUUGGUUGCAAGUGCGUUGUGUUAAACAAUGGGAAGGACGAUCUGGGCAAGUUUGAUCCAAAGAGUGAUGAAGGGAAAUUCGUGCUCACAGUGGAGCUUCUCGACAGUGCGGGCGAAAUCAACAACAUCUAG